UCGAUUUAAUCUUAAUUUGUUGUUUUAGAAGCAGAAAACAAACAUUUAUUGGCGAAGGCAAGCGUAAGUGUUGCCUCAUUUGGGCCACUUCCUGUUGUAUUCUACUUCCGGGUGACGACAACAACUCGGACUGCUUGUGUAUAAAAAAUGCUUCUGUGCUAAGAGACAACAAAAAAGCGAAUAUAUCCUCUAAUUAUCAAGCGGAGUGCCACAAAAUGGAGACAUUCAGUCAUAGUUGAUUGAGCUUUUGUCCCGAUGCAGUAUUUGGCAGGGAUAUGACCGAGUCUCGCAAUCCAGGGAUGUCGUCCCUCGCCGCGGCUGCCCCCGUGCAGGUGUCCGACAUAGACCCGGUGGAGUACACCCUCCGGAAGCGGCUACCCCGCAAACUCCCCAAGAGGCGCAACGACGUGUACGUCAACAUGAAGACGGACUUCCGGGCGCAGCUGGCCCGCUGUCAGAAGCUGCUGGACGGCGGCGGCCACCGGGAGAUCUGCGUGCACGGCCUGGGCCUGGCCAUCAACCGGGCCAUCAACAUCGCGUUGCAGUUGCAGGCCAGCAGCCAGGGGGCGCUGCAGCUGGCCGCAAACACCUCCACGGUGGAGCUGGUGGACGACCUGGAGCCCGAAGACCCCGACGAGGCCUCCGAGCCCAUGACGCGCACGCGGAACAACUCGGCCAUCCACAUCAAGGUUUUUUACCCCGACCCCCAGUGAGCGACCAACAAGCAGCCGGAAGAAUUAGUUUUUUUCCCCCCGGCUGCGUGGGAGUGUUUCGCACCUAUUAUUUAUUUGGAUUACUGAACUGAUGCUUUUGCAAGACCUUGGAAUAUUACUUGCUUUCCAUACGCACCGUUUAUCGUUCAUAUCUCCAGUGCAAUUUUGAUGUUACUGCUUCGUGUCGUUGUUUUGAAUGUCCACCGGGUGUCAGUAGUUGAUAAACUUCACGAACCACCGUUCUUCGUCAGUCCCAAACGUUUGCCAGAGGGAGUCUUCUGUUUGUAAAUUACAAAUAAAAUGAGCUGCAAGACAAACAGCAGUGUGUAAG